CGUACUUUCCGCGACGCCACUGUAAAUGGAACACUAUAAGAACAGCUCGGUCCAAAAUAUACGUAGUUAACCUGCAAACCUCUGAUCUUCACAGUGUUAAGGUGAUAGCAGUGACCAGUUCCCACAAAAAUGCCCGGACCUUCGAGACCCCUCUGGCAGGUUGCCGGUAAACGCGACCCUGAGCAGGAAAAAGAAGCUCAAGCCUGGAUCGAAGCCGUCAUCGGCGAAAGAUUUCCUCCAGUGCCGUACGAAAUCGCACUUCGCGAUGGAAUCAUCCUCUGCAAAUUGAUGAACCGCCUGUGCCCCGGAAUCAUCAGCAAGAUCAACACUUCUGGAGGCGACUACAAGAUGAUGGACAAUCUGAGCCAGUUCCAAAAGGCGUGCGUGCGGUACGGAGUCCCUGACGUGGACCUAUUCCAGAGCACGGAUUUGUGGGACCAAAAGAACAUUGCUGCUGUCACCAUCACAAUUUUUGCGAUUGGACGCACGGCUUACAAACACCCCGAAUGGAAGGGCCCCUGGUUGGGCCCUCGCCCCUCUGAGGAGAACAAACGCGAGUUCACAGAGCAACAAUUACGGGCCGGUGAAGCCAUCAUAGGGCUGCAGGCCGGCACCAACAAGGGCGCCACGCAAGCAGGCCAAAACUUCGGCGCCUCCAGAAAAAUUAUCUUAGGGAAAUAAAUUUUGUAUCGUAAUCACCUGAUUGAAUGUUGUACCUUUGUAACGCAAAUUAAAAGAAAUAAAAGCCAGUAUUUUUAUUAGUCA